UCACGGUUCCUUCUGGGAUUUAAUCCUUUGUCUUACGUUGUCGGCUUGUCGCUCGCUUCUCACCCGAACAGAUCCGACUCUGGUAGAUUCAGGUUCUCAUUACUUUCAUUGACUAGCGUUUACCUCUUCUGCUAAUAAAGAUGUCUAAGUUCUUUGAUCCUCAGAGUGAAAGUGAUAGUGAUUAUGAAAGUGAUGUCGAGUUGGACGUGGUUCAAGAUACCAAUGCUGCUAGUGCCUCGCGUUACCUUCCAGGUGGCAGUGAUAGUGAGGACGAUGAUCUCCGUAAACGUGUUGUUCAGCCAGCCAAAGACAAGCGUUUUGAAGAGAUGGUUAGUACCACAGAGCUGAUGAAGAAUGCUAUUAAGAUCAAUGACUGGGUUAGUCUACAAGACAACUUUGAUAAGAUUAACAAGCAGUUGGAAAAAGUUAUGAGGGUUACAGAGGCUGUGAAGGCUCCAAUCUUGUACAUUAAAACCCUUGUGAUGUUGGAGGAUUUCCUAAACGAAACUCUGGCCAACAAGGAAGCAAAGAAAAAGAUGAGCACUAGCAACUCCAAGGCCUUGAACUCAAUGAGGCAGAGAUUGAAGAAGAACAACAAGCUCUAUGAAGAUGAAAUUAACAAAUAUAGGGAGUCGCCAGAAACCGAGGAAGUGAAGGAAUCAGAGGAUGAAGAUUCUGAAGAUGACGACGAGGAUGAUGAAUCUGAGGAUGACGUUAAUGUGGAGGCUGAUUCUGAAGAGGAUAAAGGUGAUCCCUCUUGGGAGAAGAUGCUUAGUAAGAAAGAUAAACUUAUGGAGAAGUUGUAUAAUAAAGAUCCUAAAGAGAUCACAUGGGACUGGGUCAACCAAAAGUUCAAAGAAGUUGUGGCUGCCCGUGGCAAGAAGGGAACUGCACGAUUUGAACUCGUUGAUCAGCUUUCACACCUGAUAAGGAUUGCCAAAACUCCUGCACAGAAACUUGAAAUCUUGUUUAGUGUUAUUUCUGCACAGUUUGAUGUGAAUCCUGGUCUCAAUGGACACAUGCCUAUCAAGGUCUGGAAGAAGUGUGUGAAUAACAUGCUUACGAUACUGGACAUUCUUGUCAAAUAUGAUAACAUCGUUGUCGAUGAUACGAUUGAGCAUGAUGAGAAUGAAACUUCAAAACCAGAAGAUUUUGAUGGAACAGUUCGGGUUUGGGGUAACCUUGUUGCAUUUGUGGAGAGGAUAGACACUGAAUUUUUCAAGAGUUUGCAGUCCAUAGAUCCUCAUACACGUGAGUAUGUGGACAGAUUGAGAGAUGAGCCGAUGUUCUUAGCUCUUGCUCAAAACAUCCAGGACUACUUUGAGCGGUCUGGUGACUAUAAAGCUGCGGCAAAGGUGGCCUUAAGACAAGUUGAAUUAAUUUACUACAAACCUCAGGAAGUUUAUGAUGCCAUGAGGAAACUGGCUGAGCUGGUUGUGGAAGAAGAAGAAGAAGAUAGUGAGGAGCCCAAAGAGGGAGCUGGACCUCCUGCUUCAUUCAUUGUUGUUCCAGAGGUUGUUCCUCGUAAGCCUACCUUCCCAGAGAGUAGUCGAGCUAUGAUGGAUGUUCUCGUCUCCCUUAUUUACAAAUAUGGAGAUGAACGGACCAAAGCCCGUGCGAUGUUAUGUGAUAUAUAUCAUCGUGCUUUAGUGGAUGAGUUUGUGUCUGCUAGGGACUUGUUGCUGAUGAGUCAUCUGCAGGACAAUAUUCAGCACAUGGACAUCUCAACCCAGAUCCUCUUUAAUAGGUCCAUGGCACAGCUUGGUCUCUGCGCGUUCCGGGUUGGAAUGAUUACCGAAGCUCACAGCUGCCUGUCUGAACUGUACUCUGGUCAAAGGGUGCGGGAGUUGCUUGCUCAAGGUGUCCAGCAAAGCCGAUAUCAUGAGAAGACUCCCGAGCAGGAAAGAUUGGAAAGGAGACGACAGAUGCCAUAUCACAUGCACAUAAACCUUGAGCUUCUCGAAGCUGUUCAUCUCAUAUGUGCCAUGCUACUAGAGGUCCCUAACAUGGCAGCCAAUUCUCAUGAUGUUAAACGCAGGGUGAUUAGCAAGAACUUCCGUCGUCUGCUCGAGAUCAGUGAGAGGCAAGCAUUCAUUGCUCCUCCUGAGAACGUUCGUGAUCAUGCCAUGGCAGCAACCCGAGCUCUCAUUAAAGGAGACUUCCAAAAGGCUUUUGAAGUUGUGAACUCUCUUGAUGUCUGGAGACUGUUCAAGAAUCGGGAAACCAUCCUUGCUAUGGUGAAUAAUAGAAUCAAAGAAGAGGCUUUGAAGACUUACCUCUUCACAUACUCGGCCUCUUACGCGUCCCUAAGUCUAGAUCAACUUGCCAAGAUGUUUGAUCUUUCUGAGAACAAAGUCCACAGCAUCGUGAGCAAGAUGAUGAUCAAUGAAGAACUCCAUGCAAGUUGGGACCAGCCUACACGUUGCAUCAUCUUCCACGAUGUGCAACACAACAGGUUGCAAACCUUGGCUUUCCAGUUAACGGAGAAGCUUGCUGUUCUUGCGGAGAGUAACGAGAGAGCAAUGGAGGCUAGGACCGGUGGUGGCGGUCUGGAUCUAAGUUCAAAAAGAAGAGACAACAAUCAAGACUACGGAGGAGGAGCAGGUGGUGGAAGGUGGCAAGAAAACAUGUCUUACACACAAGGAAGACAAGGUUACAACGGUGGUGUUAGGUCUGGUUAUGGUGGUAACAGAUCAGGUGGGUAUGCAAGAGGAAGAGGUGGGUAUGCAGCAGGAAGAGGUGGAACAGGGAAUAGAGGAAUGCAGAUGGAUGGCACGAGCCGUAUGGUAAGUCUUAACCGAGGUGUUCGUAUGUAAGACUGACUUGGUUACAUUUCAAAACAUAAAACCCAAAUUAAAGGAGGAGAUCUCUAGUAAAACCUCUGUUGUUCUGUUCUGUUCUGUUUUUGACUCUAUAUAUAUUAAUAUCAAUUAUCAUAUACCCUAA